UUAAAUUAAAGUUUUGAGGUUAAUUCUCAAAAAUGAAACAGAAAAUUUUAUAAUGUAUGGCAAAAACUAGUGUUUUCUCACUCUAACCGUCAUAUUGAAGUGUCACUCAACUGUCAAAGAGUGUAAUUACAUUCCAAUAGUUCAUUUAGUUCAUUCGCUUUUCGUUCGCGAUUGUUUAUGUUCCGUGUUUUCGUAUUGUGAUUUUUCUAAAUUGUUAUGAUGAUUAUCAUAUAAAUCGAAAUUUAUGUAAAAUGUUGAAAUGUAUAAAACUAAAUCUAGAACCAUCAUCAUAGUUAACACCCCGACUCGGAGCACCCCGACAUGGACAGAACCUGCCAACACCCCGCUCAUACCAGCACAGGCCAUGUCAGUGACUGACCUGGCAGCUUCUGUUAAACAGGCUGUGUUUCAGAUGUCUACUGAGCAUAGAGAACUUCAUGCUACAGUAUCGCGAGUGGGAAAAUCUAUUGAUAGGCACUUUAUAGCUGACUAUGCCUCGGUGGCACCAAAGGCUGAGUCAUUUUGUAAUGAUGUCAAUAGGCCUAUCAUGGAACAAGCUAUCGCACAACAUUUAUAUAGACAGGGUUUAGAAGACGUGGGCGAUACCUUCGUGGCAGAAGCGAAUGUUACAGGAGUGGAGCGGACUUGCACUUUUGCAUUACUACAGCGCUGUGCGGCCGCGCUUGCUGAGGGCGACCCCAGUGCAGCCCUGCACUGGGUCGAGCGCCGCGCUCAUGAGUUACACAACUCUCCACUACCCUUCACUUUGCAUAGGAUGCAGGCACUCAAGCUGGCCCGCGAGCAGGGCGUGGGCGCGGCCAUCGAGUACGCGCGGCGGCAGUUCCCGGCGCACGCGGCGCGGCACGAGCGCGCGCUGCAGGCCGCCGUGUGCGCGCUGGCCUGGUGCACGCCCGGCGCGGGGCCCGCGCCCAGCAUCUACCAGCAUCUGCUCGACCCCAAGGCGCUCGGCGCGGAGGCAGCCGAGCUGUUCAUCAAGGAGGCGUGCGCGCUGCUGCGGCUGGCGCCGCUGUCGCCGCUGGCGGGCGGCGUGCUGGCGGGCGCGCGCGUGCUGCCCGCGCUGCACGACAUCCGCGCCAAGAUGUCGCACCCGCACGUCAUCGCCGCCUGGUCCGACGACGAGCUGCCCUUCGAGGUUGAUCUUGGUGAGGAUGGCGGCGGCUACCACUCGGUGUUCGCGUGUCCCAUCCUGCGGCAGCAGGCGUCGGAACAGAACCCGCCGAUGCGGCUGCUGUGCGGACACGUCAUAUCUAGGGACGCGCUCAACAAACUCGCCAUGGGAGCCAAGUUAGUAUAGCACUUACUUUUAUUCUGUACAAAUAUGUUACAGCCAAGUUGUUGGAAAAAUGUUGAUCCAUAAUAUUCUGUCUUUUUUGUGCGGAUAAACAGAGAUAA